UCUAUCAAUUUAUUCAGUUGAAUCUCGACGUGUUUACGCUCAGAAGUUAGCAUAGCAGUCGCGCGUAAUCUAAUUUGUUUGUUUAUUCUAAAUCGGAUUUGUUAUUUGAAGAAUUAUUCGGGGGAAGGGUGAAAAUGACUAUGACUUCCUACGUAAUCCUUGCGUUCAGUUUAUUGUUUCCUGGAACAGUUUUGGGACAACAUCGUGGAGAGUUAUGUGAACCCUCUCCCUCUAGCUCUGGCACUUGUAAACUCGUCACGGACUGUCCUGCGGUAACAUCGAGUAUCCUCCACAAGGAGCAAUAUGUCCGGUGUGGAUUUGAGGGGAAAGAUGAAGUCGUUUGUUGCCCAGAUGAAUCAACUAAGAAAAGUGACAACUCUAGGAUUAGUGAGCGCAAAUGCAAGGAAUAUGCUGAGUUCGUUUUUGAAUAUCACAACAAUCCAGUGCUCAGUAGCCAAACUGAGAAGGUCAAAGUGGACAGAUGUGGCAACCAAAGAGAACUCCUCAUACCAAUCGGCUCUAACGCUAACCCUCGACAGUUUCCUCAUGCGGCUCUUCUUGGAUACGAAGAUGAUAACAAUGAUAACAAUGGUCGUAUUUUAUGGUUGUGCAGCGGAUCGCUGAUUAGUGAUCAAUAUGUGCUGACUGCAGCCCAUUGCUUAAAUACACCGCAGUACUCUCAUCCAAAGUACGUGUUGCUUGGUGAAUUGGAUAUUGAAUCUGAAAAUGAUGAUGCGAAACCGGAAAGAUUUGGAAUAUCUAGUUUAAUUCCUCAUCCAAAUUACAAGCAUCCUAAAGUAUAUGACGAUAUCGGCUUGAUAAAACUGGAUAAGAAGGUGGAACUUAGUCCAUACAUUCGACCAGCAUGUUUACCAACAGUUUCCGAUGAACCUGAGAAAAAAGCACUUGUAUCUGGGUGGGCUCUUGUAGAUCGGACGAAAAGCAAACCAGGACCACAAUAUUUGAUGAAACAAGUCCUUGAAAGAUUUACCCACCAGGAAUGCAAUACGACGUACAAUCGCCAAAAUAACCGUCGCCUACCUGAAGGUAUUCGCGAUCAAACCCAAAUAUGUUUCGGUUUAAGGACUGAGACCAGGGAUGGAUGCGUUGCUGAGAGUGGUAGCCCUCUUCAAAUUCAUCAUAAGGAUUUAUAUUGUAUGCAGACCAUAAUUGGAGUGACUUCGUUUGGCAUUGGUUGUAAUGUGGCGAAUCACCCAGAUGUCCACACUCGAGUGUAUUCGUACUUAGAUUGGAUUGAAAGCAUUAUCUGGGCAGAGCUUUAAUGUCAUGGAAUAGCGUAAGAUCCAAUGUAUAUGCAAUCUUAGGAUAUUAAAGGAAAACAAAUUAU